GCCCCCGUUAUAAAUAGCCGGCGACACCAGCCCGGUGUGCUCCUGGUUCUCUCUCUUCUCCCUUCGAGUCGCCAACCUUUCCUCAGCUUAGCCAGCCAGCUUCCUUCCUUCUCCUAACCCUAGCUAGCCGCCGCCGACUCGUAAACUCUAACGACUAGCGCGCGAUGCAGCCCACGGCGCGGGAAAUGCAGGCCAUGGCCGCCGCCGGCCAGAUCUCCCUCGACGACCUCCGCACGGCCGCCAGCAGUACCGCCGCCGGCGCGCACGAUGACUUCUUCGACCUGCUCGGCGGCCUGCCGCCAUCGGCCUGGCCCGACCUGUCCGCCGCGGCCGACGGGAAGGCGCCGGAGGGCGGCGCGCAGGAUGAGGGGAUGCAGCAGCAGUUUGAGGGGAUGUACGACGAGUCCGCACUGCUGGCGUCGCAACUCCGGCAGCACCAGAUCAGCGGCGGCCCAGGGGGCGGCGCGGAGACCGCCGCCGCCGCGAAGCAGAUGUUGCUGCAGCAGCUGGCCGAUCUGAGGCAGGGCCACCACAUGAUGCUCCCGGGCAUGGGCCGCUCGCCGGGCGGAGGCGGCAGCAUGCUCCUCCCGCUCUCCCUCGGCAGCGGCGGAUCGGGCGGCGACGUGCAGGCGCUGCUCAAAGCCGCCGCUAAUUCCACCGGAGGAGAAGCCGGCGGCGUCUUCGGCGGCAGCUUCGCCGGAUCGCUCCAGCAGCAACAACAACAUUUCCAGCCGCAUCACCAGCAGCAAACGGCGCCGAUGCUGGGCCAGGGCUUCGGUGGAGGAGGAGGCGUCGGGGCGUCUGGCGGCGCCGCGUCGCAGCCUCAGGCCGGGGCGUCGGGCGGCGCUGCCGCGCCGCCCAGGCAGCGCGUGCGGGCGAGGCGCGGACAGGCCACGGACCCCCACAGCAUCGCGGAGCGGCUCCGGAGAGAGAGGAUCGCGGAGAGGAUGAAGGCCCUGCAAGAGCUGGUGCCCAGCGCCAACAAGACGGACAAGGCGUCGAUGCUGGACGAGAUCAUCGACUACGUCAAGUUCUUGCAGCUCCAAGUCAAGGUGCUGAGCAUGAGCCGGUUAGGUGGCGCCGCUGCCGUCGCGCCGCUCGUGGCCGACAUGUCCUCGGAGGGGCGAGGAGGCGGCGCGGCGACGGCGGGGAGCGACGGCCUUGCGGUGACGGAGCAGCAGGUGGCGAAGCUGAUGGAGGAGGACAUGGGCACCGCCAUGCAGUACCUGCAAGGGAAGGGCCUCUGCCUCAUGCCCGUCUCCCUCGCCUCCGCCAUCUCCUCCGCGACGUGCCGCAUGCGCCCGCCGGUCAGCCACAUGGCCGCGGCCAUGCGCUUGCCCGGCAUGAACGGUGGCGUCGCCGACGCAGCAGCCGUGCCGGCCUCACCGAGCAUGUCCGUGCUCACGGCGCAGUCGGCCAUGGCCAACGGCGAGGGCUCGCACUCGCAGCAGCAGGCCAAGGACGCCGCCUCCGUGUCCAAGCCAUGAGCCCUCGACGACGACCUCCGUCCACUAACGGCGAAACCCUGGCGGCCUCGAGCUCCACGUUAGCACUUAGCACCGGUGGGUGGUGCUCCGGCGAUUCCGGUCGCAUGGACUGCUGGGAAUCGUGGCCCCCCUUGUGGACCCACCGACGCCCCUGCGGGCCCACCGCCCACGGGCCCCUUUUCACUGCGGCGGCGACCCACGGGCUUCCCUUUUUCUUUCUUUUGUUUCUUUUUAUUUCCUAGUGUUACCAUUAUUUUCAUUUUCUGCUUUAUAUUUAUUCCUAAAUGUUGUUUAUUCAAGUAAAUAUUAAUCCAGGGCUGGUUCUCCUGGUUUUGUGCCAGCCUUCCCCUUUCUUUUC